CAUUAGAUGCUGUAUGCGAUUUUUGGCGAAAGGAACGCCCCACUUCCGAAUGCGAUAUCGUAGAGGCGCAAUGUCCUCAGCUGAUGGCGUCGCGAAUUUAACUCCGUACACCUCUUGCACCGAAUCAUCCAAUACAAUCAGGCUCCCUCCUCUGCCGACGUAUGCGGAGCGCCACAGUCGGCGCCACACCCUUGAGGACGAUCAGCUCUCCGCCCCCACGACAACACAACACGACUGUAAACCGUGCAUGGCGGCCUUGACAGCUGAAGCUACUUUUUUUGGGGACUCAGCCUGGUGUUCACCCAGCAACAACUUCAAAAUGAUCGGCACUCCCCAUAACUUUUGUCUCUCUUCCUCAACUCCACCAUCAUCAUCGAAAAACCGUCCUCCAUGAUCACAAUCUAAUCUGUACAACAAUGUCGAAUAACACGACCUGUCCCGUCAGCGUCUCCGGCCUCUGGAACAACGGCGACUGCUCGCUCCUCUGCCGGAAGACGAAAUGGUACGACGUCAUCGUCUUCUUCCUCGCCAAUUAUGCGACCCACGUUGUGACGGUCACCUCGCGGCCGGGGGAAAGCAUCGAGUUGCGGAUUGUAUACAUGAUGGGGGCUCUCCUGCUGCCGGUCUCUGGGGUGGUGUUGGGAUUGCAGGCAAUCCUCAGCCUUGCGAUUUUUGCUCCUACGCCUUUGCAGCAAGCUGCGCGGGCGGGAGCUUUGUAUACGGUGGUCAAGAUCGAUGACGAGGAGGACGAGGCUGAGAGGUUGGAGGAAGGUGGUGGUCGUGGCGACGAAGAACCUGGGGAAGAUCGGGAUAACCAGAGUGAUCGGGGAUAUGAGAGGCCAGAGGAUAUCGAGAUGAUUGGGAUUGCAGCAAGUCAUAACGGCGAGGGGAGCUCGGGAGGUGGGGUUGAUCCGCCUGGAAAUGGUGAUAAUAUCGAUACAGUUGCCAUCGAUCACGCGUCAGGGGCAGGCAAAGAGAAAGCUAUCGACCAGCCUGAUAGGGACACGAUUUCUGCAGCAUCAUCAACCACCAAUGAAGCUCCUGUCCCUGACGAGGAUGCUGACCAUUUUCGACCCCGUGGGCCCACGAAUACCCGCACAGACACCCGCAAUACUUCUUCAAGCAUGAAAGAGUCGAAACGACCGUGGCAGCGACAACCGAUCCAUGGAAGAUGCAAGCUACCCCGAGGCUACGCAUUAACCCUAGUACCACCAGAUGCGAAAUUCGAAGACGACGCACCGCGAACAUUCAAAAACAAGAAGCGAAGGAUCCUGAACUGCAUUCUCCCGGGUAUACAGUCUGUGGACGAGCCUCAAAUAGAGGUUGCAUGCAGCAACAACAGCAUCAAAUCCGUUGCCUCGAUCGUCCAAGUCAUCUUUGCCAUCUCCACCCUAUACAGGACCCGGGGCAACCAGAUCAAACGAUAUGGAUACGCAGCGUACGGACUCACGGUCACCCCUUAUGCAUGGAUGUCCAUUAUUAAUGGCUUCGGGAAUAUAAUCCGGCCGCAAUACUCCUCCAUAUUCGUGGUGGACUCCUUUCGAUUGGCAGAGGUCCGAAGACUGCCUCCAGAGUUUGAAAACUGUGUCGACUCCACGAUAGGCAAAUUGACGGACGAAAGUGCCAAAAGUGCUGAGGUCGAGUUCAAUCAAGCUAGGUCUAGAAACUCCAAGGCCAAAUCCAAGAAGACGGACAUUGGCUUUAAGAACCGCUUUACCCAGCAACUCAGGGCAGAAGAGAAUAAACACACCUUUGGUUACAAAUUUGGCUACAAUAUCGCAAGAAUCCUAGGGAGAAGGAAGCGAAAACGUUCGACGAAUUCCAGCAGCGAAGACGACGAUGAAGAGCGCCAAGUAGUGUUCAAGCUUAUGGACCUAGUAGACAACUCUAGCCCACUGCCACCCUUCAUUGGUAUAUCUGUCCCCUUGAUUGUGGUAGGGGCGCUGUCGGAAUUCUCCGCUGGGGACAGCACUUAUGCGCAACGAGUCUGGUUGAUGUUGUGGUUAGCAUUGGGUGCUCUCAUAAACAUAGUGUAUAUCAUGCAGGAUGAAAAGAAGCUUAAGGUGACAGGUACAGUUCCAAUUAUUCUAACAAUCCUUAUUUAUGGCACGCCGUCUAUCGGGGGAUUCGUGGUAGUGGGGCAGAUGAUGCUUCAAGAUGGUGUUUGUUCCAAAAUGCUAGAGUAAAGUUAGAUACCUACCUAGGUAGUUGACAAGAGAAUUAUAAUCAUUUCUAGACUA